AAGCCGUGUAGCAGUUUGAAGAGACUGUAGCGUGACCCGACACAGCAGAGAUUGUAGGGUAAUGGACAUUACCUGCAAUACGAGUCUACAUACACGAGGGGGCGCUCGGAUGCUACAAGCAGCGCCUCCUCCUCCUCACUCGGUUACCAGGCCGGGGGCGGAGCCGCUGUUGCUGCGUUCAAAAAAAGAAAAAAAGCGAGCUGUAGCAAGAUCGUGUCCGGGUAGUGUAAUCCGCCGGAUACGUCAGCCUUGUCGGCCAGGGAACCAGAGGGGCGUCAGUUGCGGCUCUUCCGUCCGUGCAGCUGGACUAUUUGCUAUAGUUAGGAAGGUGUAGUCCCCCGGUACCGGUAUAGCAGUGCCCCUCGGAAGCCAUGUUGUGUGUGGAGCCCGGUGAAGUGCUGGGGUCAUGACUCCAUACUGCCUGCAACCAUAGUGGACGCCGAGCAGAUCAGCGCAGGAAGACCCCCCGCGUAUACGGCUGGAUCCGGCCUUCAGUGGGCGCCACAUCUGUGAGAGAGACAGCGAGAGCGGCUUUGUUGAGCACUGCUCCUUUUUUAAACAGAACCAUGAAAAAGUUUAAGAGACGACUUUCUUUAACUCUGCGAGGCAGCCAGACAAUAGAUGAAUCUUUAUCUGAACUGGCAGAGCAAAUGACAAUAGAGGAGAACAGCAGCAAGGACAACGAACCUAUUGUGAAGAAUGGCAGGCCUCCAACGUCUCAUAGUAUGCACUCCUUCCUCCAUCAAUACACAGGAUCCUUCAAGAAGCCACCAUUGAGAAGACCACACAGUGUUAUUGGUGGAAGUCUUGGUUCAUUCAUGGCAAUGCCCAGAAAUGGAAGCAGACUAGACAUUGUCCAUGAAAAUCUAAAAAUGGGAUCAGAUGGUGAAAGCGACCAAGCAUCUGGAACAUCAUCUGAUGAGGUCCAGUCCCCCACAGGUGUCUGCCUCAGGAACAGAAUACACAGGAGAAUAUCAAUGGAGGACUUAAAUAAGCGUCUCUCACUUCCAGCUGACAUCAGGAUACCUGACGGAUACUUAGAGAGACUGCAGAUUAACAGCCCACCAUUCGAUCAACCAAUGAGCAGGCGAUCACGUAGAGCAUCACUGUCAGAAAUUGGGUUUGGGAAGAUGGAAACAUACGUCAAGUUAGAGAAGCUUGGAGAGGGUACUUAUGCCACAGUAUUUAAAGGAAGAAGUAAGUUAACUGAAAACCUUGUAGCCCUGAAAGAAAUCCGAUUGGAACAUGAGGAAGGUGCUCCAUGCACGGCCAUAAGAGAAGUCUCCUUAUUGAAGGACCUGAAGCAUGCAAAUAUUGUCACCUUACAUGACAUUGUUCAUACGGACAAAUCUUUAACGCUGGUCUUUGAAUACCUGGACAAAGACUUGAAGCAAUAUAUGGAUGACUGCGGGAACAUUAUGAGCAUACACAAUGUAAAGAUAUUCUUAUAUCAGAUUUUAAGAGGCUUAGCAUAUUGUCACAAAAGGAAAGUUCUUCAUCGGGACUUGAAGCCACAGAAUCUCCUCAUCAAUGAGAAAGGGGAGCUGAAGUUGGCUGACUUUGGUUUGGCAAGAGCAAAGUCAGUUCCAACAAAAACGUAUUCAAAUGAGGUGGUUACGUUAUGGUACAGGCCUCCUGAUGUCCUCCUUGGGUCUUCUGAAUACUCAACACAAAUUGACAUGUGGGGUGUCGGCUGUAUAUUUUUUGAAAUGGCUUCAGGAAGACCGCUUUUUCCAGGUUCCACAGUAGAAGAUGAGCUUCACCUAAUUUUCAGACUUCUAGGCACUCCAACUGAAGAAACAUGGUCGGGAGUUUCAUCUAAUGAUGAGUUUCGGAACUACAACUUUCCCAAAUACAAGCCUCAACCUCUAAUCAAUCAUGCUCCAAGGUUAGACUCAGAAGGAAUUGAGCUGUUAACCAGGUUUCUUCAGUACGAGUCUAAGAAGAGGAUUUCAGCAGAAGACGCUAUGAAACAUGCUUACUUCAGAAGUUUGGGAACUAAAAUAUUUGGCUUACAAGAAAAUAUAUCAAUAUUCAGUCUUAAAGAUAUCCAGCUGCAGAAGGAUCCUGGUUUUCGGAAUUCCUCAUAUCCAGAAGCAGGACAUGGCAAGAACAGAAGACAGAGCAUGCUCUUUUAAGAGAUUUUUCCUAUCGGUUUCACAUGAAGAUCAGAAGCUUUGGUGGCAACUCUUACUUCUGGUGAACUAUGGACUGUUUGUCAACACUGACCUACUGACGGUGGAGUCAUUUUAUUUUGGGCCUACAGUUUUUUUCUUUUUUUUUUCCCCCCUCCUUUCUUCUCUUUUUAAUAUAUAUAUAAAUAUAUAUAUAUAUUUGUUGUCACAGUGUGACGAAGCUUGUACAGUCGGUUUUGAGGUCUCCUCUGCUGUUAGAGCCAGUAGGUUACAGCUGUCAAUGUGACUGUAGCUGCAAUUCUGGUGCAGGACUGAGACACAAUGCGUCGUUAUUUAUUGCCGAAUCAUUGCUGCUAAAUGACUACUGUCUGAAUAUUUCCCACAACCAACAGUUGAUGCCUGAAGAUGUUGCAGUGGCUUGAUAAUCUGUGAAUGCAUCAUUGUUCUUUUUUUUUUCACCCCCAAUUUUUUUUCUCUCUUUUGUUUUAGUUUAUUUUUAUUAAAUUGUCUUGUUUCCAUUAAUGCUAUUUUGCUUUGCUUGGCCUUGAACCUAGUGGACCAGAUUUGGUGUUUCUGCUGACCAUCAUAGUUUCUUCCAAAUACAGCAACACAAUAUUUUGUAAGUACACAACUAAGAUUGGAGAUCAAUAUUUUCCUAAGGUAUAAGAAGCUAGUGGGGUCACCAGCAAAUUACAUUGAGCUUAUGAUGAUGGAAAAUUACUUUCUUGUAAUAAUGAAAUAAUUUGUAUCCCUAAAGUACCACAAUGUGCCUCUAGCACGAUUAGAAAAGAGAAAAAUAGGUUUUGUAUGGCAAUUUUAUUAAGAAAAGUCAGAUGUCUGAAUUCGAUAAUGUAUCUCUUUGUGAAAUGGGGAGUAGGAAGGACUGGAGACACAUUGGUCCAGAUUUAUCAGUAUGUCUGAGACAAAAAUCUGAUAUUUUUGUCACAGAGAGCAGUCAAUCACAGUGCAGCUUUCCUUUCCCAAAAUGGUUUGUGUUUCGUUGCUAUCUGUUAAAGACAAAAAUCUGACACGUUUGUCUCGCAAACAGGUUAAUACAUUUGGGCCAUUGUCUCUCCAUAAAAAGUACCUGUCACCAAAUAAACUGUUCUAAAUUAACUCAGGUUAUGUUCCCUAACUACUCCGAACACCCCUCCUGCCCUUAAAAAAAUUUCAGAGCUUUAAAAAGCUGUGUAUCGUACCUUUAUUCUUGCUCACAUAGUGCAAUUUCCCAGCAGGAGAAAGUGGGCGUUUCCCAGCAGGCAUGACAUCACUGAAGCCUGCUGGGGGGGCACAUGGUUGCAGUGCUUUUAUGAAUAGAAGACCUCAAGCUCUGUGCAUGUUUCAGUCUGUGCAGUAUUCAGUAAGGUUCUCCUUCAGCUGUCAGUCUGUGCAGCUUUCUUUUAGAAUCUGUGGAGCUUUCACUUUCUGUGCAGCUGUUAGUCAUGCUCAGUGCAGCCAGAAGCACUUCCCGAGUUUGGACUCUUGCCAGGUCGGGAGGAUACCAAACUCACUGUAUCAAUUGUGGCAGGGAACAGAACAUCGCCACCUAGUGGCCCUUUUUUUAUUUCUGUUCAUAAUUUUAAAAGCAAGUGAAUGGGAAAGUGUCUGCUAAUAACACAAGAUACACUAUAUUAAAAGUUGUAUUUGGUGACAGGUACUCUUUUUAAAGCACAUGUCCCAAGUUACAGGGCUGUGUGAUCUUCAUCUUCAGUGCGGGGAGACACAUGGUACUCUGGGUAGUACAGAUUCCAAGGCAGCCAUACUAGGCUCAGCACAAGUUCCGUGCACAAGCUCUUUUUUGAUGAGAAUGGGACUCGUGCACAGAACUUCACCUCGGCAACCUCACUGCCCAGCAUGUACUGCAUCUCCCCACACUAGAGAUGAACAUUGCACGGCCUUGGUACUGGUGCUUCAAACAAUAUCAUAUGACCUAAAACAGGAUGGGUUAUUUAGUGCCCCCUCACUGAGUUUUUUUUGUCUCUUGGCUUUUUUACAUUGUGUUGAAUUUGUUUUACAUGUAGCAGUGCUGAAUUUGUUGUAUAAAAAUAUAUUUUUUAGGUGGUAAUAUGGCAUAUUUCCUGAAUUAAACUGAUCCCUAAAAUGAAGGGACAGUAUCUUGGCAGUCAGUGGGUAGGCAACUGCAACAUGUCUCUGGGUCAGUUGUCAGUGACACUCUGCAGGGAAACUCAGUGAAGGACUUUCUGCACUUAAUAUUUCAGCUACAGCCCCUUCAAUGUGGGUUGGACCUUAAUCGGUGAGUGAUGGCAUGUCCUUGCAGCUCUAAAGCUGGCCAGACACAUAAGAUAGCUGUUGGCCAACACAAACUCAUUUAGCCAAAAGCUAUCUCCUCCAAACCCCAUACACAUGUUCCGAAUGGGCAGAGGGGGGAAGACCAUUCCAGGCUCCUCUGGCGGCAGCUUGUAUCCUAAAAAAUAAAAAUCAAACAUGCACAAUUUUUAUCUGUGCUGAAAAAUGCUGUUGGGGGAUAGUUAUGAGGACACCAUACAAAUUUGAUGCACAGCUCAUCCCACUGAAAUCAUCAUGUUUGUUUGACACAUAUCUAACAUAAAUAUAGUCAACUGUACUGUAAUAGGGAACCCCUUUUAACUUUUAGACUGCAUUUUGAUUAUUCUACAAGUGAGAAUCAUGCAGUAGGAUAAGACCUAAUACCACCCCUAUAAUAUAUCUGUAUAUUAUGGACAUAUACACUGUAUAUUAAUAGCAAAAACAUGACACUCAUCAAAGUACUUGAAUAAAAGGUAUACAUCAUUUUUAAUUAUACAAAUGUAAAAAUAGAUGUUGGUUUCAGAUGUUUGGGAAGCCCCACUGACAUGAUAUUUCAUAAGAGUUUUAUAAGAAUGCUUAAUGUGUUCUAGUGUCACAAGCCAUCUAACUUUAGAAAACAGAAACACAGAAUACAGUAGUUAAGGAAACUUUUAGUCUUUGCACGUGGUGCCGGAGUCACCAUAACACAUUUGAACAUUUUUAACCAUAAAACGAAUUUACAGAUGAUACAAGAAAUAUUUAUUAUUAAGAAAAUAUUGUAGCCAAAGCAGUUAGUGCAGCUAGAUAAGUAUCAAAAAAUUCUCACAUUCACAUAUUGACAACUGGUUGGGAUUACUAAAAGUCUAUCACAAGCCACAGGCAUCUUUAAAUAGUAAAAUUAUGUAUAGAACUAAAUGGUACUGUAAAACAUAUGUCCCAGACCAUCAUGGUGCCCUACAGUAUUUUAGUACAGGACAUAUGCUUGUGAUUCAUAUAUGCAUAAUAAAUGUUACACUAUUUCUAGAGAAUGGUUAAAACAAUAUUUUAAAACCCAUCUAACACAACUUAAUCUCUAAAAUACCAGACCACAAAAUACCAGACCAAGAAAGGAGGAUAAGUUAUAAAGUUUUACUACUGGGAAAGCUAGAUAAUUUUGGAGAAGAAAUGAACAUGAUGGCCCCUUAAAGCGAUGAUUGUGGGAGGUCAAUGAAGUCACAUGCUACCAUGUUUUCUUGCUAUCUGUUUGGAUUUAAAAAUGUGUUCUAUUAAAGGGGUAGUCCAGUGGUGAAAAACUUAUCCCCUAUC